AUGAUACCGAAUUCGAUGCCAUCAUUUUUCGCUAAUCCGUUCAUGACACAAUUUAUGCCACAACAACCUGCUCCUGUAAGUGCAACAUUAUUAGGUGGUAGCAGUGGUACAAUUGAAGCUUCUCAAUUAACCGGUCCGGAAAAUGCCGAUUAUCGAAGUAAUCCAUUACAAACCGGUAAUUAUGUAAUGCAAAGUUUACAAUGUCAAGAAAUGAUGCAGCAUUAUAUUCAAAGUAUAAUGGCAGCUGCAUCACAAUUACCUGGUAGUAAUAUAUCAUCAGAUGGUACUACCACCACUAUCGCUACCACUGCUACUACAACAACUAUCACUAAUCAGUCGUCGGAUGAUGGUCAAGAGCAAUUAUCCGUUGAUUCUGAUCGUUUCCCGAUAGAUUUCCCGAAUGCUUUGCCAGCUCUCAUUCAUAGUAUGCAACAACAGUUAUAUCUAAACAAUCCAGCAAUAUCACAAUUUGCUAAUCCUAUUCCAGUAAAUUUUUCGCACAUCUAA